AUGAUAUUGGUAACAUCGAAGAAUACUAUACUACAGACCCGUCGGCAGGCUGUUCGUCUGAUCACUUAUUUGCAUUCUGGUGCCCGUGUUCGUGGUCUGAAGCGGGAUCCAGAGAGUUUUUUGAAGAAUCCAAAGGGGUUAUCAUACAAUGCAUUAAAGCAGUCCGAAUAUCAGGAUAAAGUUAUACAGAUUUUAAAACUUAAAGAGCUCGAUAUUAACCUGCCCAAUGAUGUCAUCUUACAAUGUUUAACCCACAAGUCGUUUGCUCAUGGCUCUAAACCUUAUAAUGAGAAAUUAUGCCUUUUAGGUACUCAAUUUCUCAAGUAUCAAGCUUCAAUACACUCAUUAAAACAAUCCGACCUUCUUUCACCGGUGGGAGAGGGUAAAGUUCAACAGUCUAUCAAAGGUUUGAAUUUCACAAAUUUGGGUACUCAACUGGGAAAGUUGCUGAUCUCCAGACCCGUAACGGCUCGUUUUAUCAAAGAGAAGAACUUGGACUCAUUAAUCUUCUGGAAAAUGAAGGAUCCGUUGAGAGACUCACAUCACAAUGGUGAAACUACGAUUUAUUCCACCGUUCUAAACGCUUUGGUAGGUGGAAUCCUAGCAACAAACGGCCCUACUAAGGCGAUUGAAUUCGUGAACAGCGUCCUGUUGAACAGCGAGUCGGACGUUUCAUUGGUCAAGAUUGCAAAUGAACAUUUUCAAGCAAAGGAUACACAACGAUAG